GAACGCGCGACACUGACGCCUCGGGUGAGCGACGCGGCAUCACAAGCCGCUGUGGGACGCCAUUACUAACGUCGCGUUUCUCCGAUGUGCCCGGUGUUGUAGAUAGCUCUCUUUCUGCAGUGACGACACUAGUAUCGUGCGAGUUAUCCCCGUUUCAUUCCGUUCAUUGUUUCCGUCCGGAGAAUUGCGUACGAUACGCGUAUCCCGCGACUUCUACGUGGAUUCAUUUCGGUGGAUUGUCGUUCGUGUACGCCGACACGAUAUCUUGAGGAACGUUCGACGCAGGUUCUUGUACGAGCCGCAAAAUGCCGGGUUUUAGCAGCGUUGGCACGUUUAAAAUCUUCAUUGGUAAUUUAGCCGACAAGACCUCGAACGCGGACAUAAAGCCCCUGUUCGAGAAGUAUGGAAAAGUCGUGGAAUGCGACGUGGUAAAGAAUUAUGGCUUCGUGCAUAUGGAGAACGAGGAGGCAGGACGAAAUGCGAUACAGAAUCUGAAUGGACACAUGGUUCAUGGACAGCCGAUAAAAUGCGAGGCUGCGAAGAGUCGUAAGGGACCCAACACUCCCACGACGAAGAUAUUUGUGGGCAAUCUCACAGAUAACACCAAGGCGCCGCAGGUGCGCGAACUGUUCGCCAAGUACGGCACCGUUGUCGAAUGCGACAUCGUGAGAAACUACGGUUUCGUUCAUCUUGAAGCGACUGGCGACGUGAACGACGCCAUCAAGGAGCUGAAUGGACAGAUCGUGGACGGACAACCGAUGAAGGUCCAGAUUUCAACUAGUCGAGUGCGACAGAGGCCAGGAAUGGGAGAUCCGGAACAAUGCUACCGAUGCGGACGAGGCGGUCACUGGUCGAAGGAGUGCCCCAAGGGAGGAAUGGGAGGUGGACCAGAUAGAAACGGCUACAGGGACCGAAUGUUCGGACGCGACCCAUAUCCUCCACCGCCGCCACCACCGUUCCUACGGGACCGGCUCAUGGGUGGUGGCCGCUUUGGGGAUUAUGAAAGCUACUACGACAGGCGCGGUUUCGAGGACACCAGGGAUCUCUACGAGAGGCGGUUUACGGGUAUGACAGGGCCCAGUGACAUGGGAAGUACCAUGUGCGGGCUAGACUUUCCACCAAUGACAAUGCCAUCUCUACCACCAAGACGAGACCCAAUGCCUCCUAUGCCUCCUCUAGGUAUGGGAUCCAUGCGUGACACUGGCUUCUCCCGCGGUAACGAGUAUGGCAUGUUCAGUCGCCGAUCACCCCCUCCAAGUGGCAACAACGGCCGGUUCAGUAGAGGCAUGUACGAGGACUUCAGCCGAGAUUCGUUUGAAGAGCGUAGAACAAUUGGCACCGCGGAUGAGAUGGUCGCGCACGAGCUAGCAUAUAGUGCGAAUAAGUCGCUUCAUCACGCAUACACGGACGUGGGAUACUAGUUCUCCCUCUAUAUGUAUUAAAACAAGAGAGAACACCGGGAAAUAAUAUCGGUUUCCGAUAAGCCUGCUACGUGUACCCUUCUCGCGUUAGUAACGAGAUGAGGUUCUGUUUUUGUACGUUUCUUUUUUGUACGUGACUCACGUGUGUUUUUGCAAGUUCUUAUUUUUUAAUAAACGUCAGAACACGUGCGAAUAUCUCCUUGAAUUGUAACUGAGAAUUCACCCUUUCUGGCUGGCUCUCUCGGACUAGGCUGAGUUUUUGUCCGUCGAAAGCGAUUGUAUCGUUUGUAAUUUGAAACUUAACUGAGAAGAAGAAAGUUUCUCAUUUUUUUUAAAUUUGACAUAAAAAUGACAUAUGUUAUCAAAUAUAAAUACUGUAGAAAGAAAUUUGCAAUGAAUCUAUUGACGUGAUUUUGUCGUUUUUCUUCUUCUCGGUCAGUCUCUUAUCCUAAUUUCUUUAAACAUAAGGGAAAGAUUUGCCAUCCUUUCGCCACCUUUGCGAUUAUCGUUCACUCACAUGAAUUUUCCGAUCAAAGCCAAAGUUAAAGCUGCUUCCGAAGGUACCAAGCGAGCGGCGGAAUAAAUGUAAAUAGAUAAGACGGAGUGUAAAUAUUCCCUUUUUUUUUUAUAUCUUAACCCGAUUUUUUUGUCGGUAUGUACAUGAUAAUACUCAUUGUUAUGUGCCAGUCAAACUUGCAGACUUGGAGCUUGAGCAGGUCUACAGAAAUCGGACUUGGCUGGAGAUCGUUUUUCCACCCAACCAACGGCAAGGCAGAAGGCGACCGGCCACGUUCCGUAGCUUAUACGCAGACACCCCUCUUCCCUUCUUCCCAAAGUUACUUUAAGAGACGUCGCGCAGUAUGUCCUCGGGGAUAACCGAGCGAGCCUCUCUCAGAGUGACUUUGGAACAUGAACGUGUAGAACCAGGCACGCUACUCGAUCAUCUCUCCAUACUGAGAUGUGGUGAGCAAACUGCUGUCCGAAUAAUACAUAGACUAUUCCGAAUCCGGAGAAAAAGACAAGAGAGAGAUUGGCCGAUCUGUAACAUUCCCGCUCUAAGUUGGCGCGAGAGAGGAGAUCGGACCUCCUCCCGGCUCGGCUCGGUCACAAGAGUUGCGAGUUUGAUCGGUGCAUAGCGAGUAUAUACGCCGACGCCCGUGUUAACUUUGGCUUUUACCGUACUAUACGGAAUCGUUUCGUCGAGAUCGGGAUCGACCCCGGCGCAUGAUCGUCGACGAAAACUUAUACAAGAUGCCUCAGAACCAAUGGACAUCCUCUCAUAGUUCAGAGUAAAAAAGAUAUUACCCAUUUGCAAAGCAUCAGAAAAUUAAUGUCUUGAGAGUACAAGUUUUUAAGUUACGUGAAAAGGGCGGAGAGAUAUUUAUAUAAAAAAAUAUUAGAAAUUAAAACCCGUAUUCAGAAUGCGAUUAUAAAGAUUCUGGGCGUUUUUCAGCAAGUGACACUCUAAAUCUGAAUCAGUGAAUCUUACUGAUUUGCAGUGCUAUACUUAUGACUGUGAUUAUCAGUAAUACACUGAUUCUGAUUUAGAGAAUACAGCUAAUAUUUUGUCAAUAUUAAACAAGGGUAAAAUAUUUCACUGUGUUGCACCGUUUUUCCGUAUCUGUUGCCGGCAAACGCUCUCUGAAUACGGGUCUAAUAUUUUGUAAUUUCAGAAAUAUUGAAAAUUACGAAUGACGCUCUCAUAGAGCACAUUUUAUCCAAAGGAUAUCCUUAGGACGUAUGGACGCCCUUUGAACGUUCAAUGGAUGUUCCUAGGAAGUCUGUGCUGUGUGGUGGUACUCUCUCAUACGAUCUUCCUGGUUUUGAGACAGUCUUAUUUCAUACAUUGUCCCGCUCCUUCCUUUUUUUCAAUUUUUUUUCAAUUUUUUUUGGCGUUACAUCCCUACGAGCAACUAGUAUCCGCCUAGGCGAAUCCCCCGACCCGCGAUACGUAGGCUUGACGUACUUGACGAGACUCGAGGCUCGUUGAUGCGGGUACGCGGGGAAAUAAGAAAAGAUCUGCGAUAAUCGAGUCGCGCGCGCGCGUAUGGUACACGCGUGCGGGAAGAAAAGACUCUAGGAGCAUGGAGGCGUCACGCACACCGGGGAGCUACGUCGGAUAUGUUCGAUACGCGAUGUAUCGCUGUAUUGCAAGUACACUCCUUCGAGGAUUACGGUAAUGUCGGUGUCGCCGGACUAAGUCGUCGGAUAGCGAAGGUCUGCCCCGAUGGGCCGCAGCCUCGCUCUCGUAGCCCAUACGGACGUGCGAGAUUCCGGCUUGUCGUCGUCGUCGUCGUCGUCGUCUUCGUCGUCGUCGUCGUCGUCAUCGCCGCCGCCGCCGUCGCCACUGCCGUCGUCGUCAACUUCGUCGUCGCCGCCGCCGCCGCCGCCGCCCUCGUCGCAGUUGUCGCUGCCGUCAUCGUCGCCGUCAACGUCGUGGUCUGUAAAUAAAGUCACGCAGCCCGAGUUGCAAAAACGGUUCGGGACACACGCUGAUCGCCGAGAAGCUCAACGAGAUGUGAAGUUCCGAGCCCAAUCUGUAGCUAGAUCGCUGAGAUACAUUUCGGACACGCGCCGGCACAGAUCCUCUCGCAGGCGCUUAGAAAGAUAAAAAAAAUGCAUAUACCCAGUCCCUCUCGGCAGAGUUCUCUCACGCAGAGUUCUCUCACUAGAGACACGUGGAGAUCGUGAAUCGCCGAUCGGAUCCGUGCACCGGAUUUUUGAGAGACACGGUCGGCACCAGGAACCCGAGAAAAAAAACAUACAUGUGUAAAUAUAUGUAAAACGGACGCACGUCAUCGGGACACACGGGUUACCCUUUGAUCUCGCGUGAUAGAAAACUAACACACACGUGUCGGUCAUCGUCGGUUGCCGCAUUACAAAACGGAAAAAAAGCGCAAAACCGAUAGAAACGCGCGACAACAGGGAUUGUAACACGCUGUAUUGUAAUAUGAUAUGUGAUAUAGGACGCGAUGAUAGCCCUCUACGCCGGCAUCGUCCACGAAGGAUGUACCCUUGAAGGAGCAUGCGAGCUGGGAGCUCGAGAGACACGAGGGCUUCAAGUAGAAGCGACGCGAGAGGUCUGGUGGAGGAACGACUGUGGUGGUAGCGAGAGGUAAUUGUUCAUCACACAGCAAUCUAUACGACGCCGAAAAAGAGAGACGAGCGAGGGCGAGUUGAAGACGUAUACUCGAAUAAAGACGCGAGGGUUGCUGCGUCCAAGUUACCGCGAGUCUCCAGCCUGUCGGUAUCGUUCCGACGUACGCGUAAGAAAACGAAUAAAAGUUAUAUAUAAAAAAAAAAGACGAACGACACGUUAAUUUACCCCGCGUGUUCCACUCGAACGCCUUUGAGAGUCCUGUUUUCUUUCUUAGGAGAAGCGGCGCUUCUUAAGGGAAAGCCCGUCUCUACGAGAGGAAUCCUCUUCUUCUGUAGGGUGUGCUCUGGACUAAAACUGAGAUCGACUUGUGCUUACACACGCCGAAUCUCCGCCCUAGAGCGGAUUCUCGAGAGUCUCCGCUCAGCGGGAGCACGAAGGAUGUCGCCGCUCUCCGUUCGGCCAUAUGAAAACUUUCCGAGUUGAGUGACAAAAAUAUUUGCAGCGUGUAAUUGAGCAAUAAAGAUCGUUCUAUCUACAGACCUUA